AUGGAUGGCGUCGGCGGCGGAUCAACCGACACGUCCUGGCAGCGUUAUAGCGGCGUGCGCAGGACCAAGUUUAUCCCUGAGCGCGACGGCCAGAUGGUGCCCGCACCGGCUCCCGCCCCACUCCCGGCGGCGCCACGAGACUCGCGCGAACGGCUGGGAGGAUAUGAACGCGAGCUGGAGAUUGAAAUUGACCGGUCGCGCGACCGUCGUGGCUCGUCCCGUGCUCCGCCGAAACCCAAGCAGGAUCAGAUGUGGACGGAGAUCACGAGAGAUCUCGUCUGUCGUGAAGCCCUCAUUGAGUGUGGCUAUGACUUUGAGGAGACGGAGGACUUCUUCUAUGUGAUGCAGUACCUCAAAUACGACAACGUACUAGAGCUCAUCCAGUUGACCGAGACGAUCCGCAGGCACCGCAAAGACCGUGCGCGGUGGGAGCAUGAAUGGCGGGAGCAGCAGCGAUACGGAAAGCCGCGCAGCAAAUAUCUCGAUGAGCGGGUGACGGAGCGGGACCUGAGCAGGGGUUUUGAGAUGGGAUCUUAUCUCAUCUACGACCACCGCACCAUGGCCGAACUCGUAGGCCUCAUCGCGUCGUCGCUCGCCCUCGCCGAGUUCGGCGCCCGCCUCUCCCUGCAGCUCUACACCCUCGGGCGCACCCUCGUGAUGUGA